UACUAUGUAUAAAAGUAGAAAGUUGGGACACCCUGUAAAAGAUCCUAAUGUUAAAACCAUUGCAUCGGGAUUAGCACCACCAUACACUGGCCCCAAUUGCUACCGACAUAAUAUACAAUUUGUAGAUGACAUGUUUUUGGUUUCCGAUGACCAAAUCAGGUCCGCAGUGAAGACACUUUAUCAGUCUGGAUUAGUGGUGGAGCCGUCUGGUGCUGCCGCUUUUGCUGCACUACAGAACAACAAAAUACCAAAUGUAGACGGCAAGAAGGUUGUGGUUGUCUUGACUGGUGGAAAUAUGACUCCAGGGGAACUAGUUCAAAUAAUGGCUGAGGUGAAAACAUAAUAUGUUGACAUGCAUUUAUUUUUUCACAAUAAAAUCUGAACUGUAUAA